AUGCUUUCCGUCCCUGAGAUAAUGGAUCAUCCCCGAUUUUCUACUGUUCGAAAGGGCCAGACCGAAGUCACGGGCAUCACUCUGCUUGCUCCAAACCACGAAAACGCAAGUGUUUCCAACGUCCACGGCCCAUUAGAGAUGUUCUUUAACUGUGUGGGAGCACUCUUUUACAUUAUGAAUAGGAACGACGUCCAAGCAUGCAUCGAAGCAAUCAAAGCCUCCGGAAACGAGAACAUGCCACUCGGACACAUGUUCAGCAACGGAAGUACAAUCGAACUUCGUACUUAUGCCGCAGAAAUUGCGGGUAUGGCCUCUAUCGGUGUUAUACAUUCACAGCUAGCCGACCCAACAAAGGCACCGCCUCCCGAGCUUGCCGAUUACUUCUACGCAGUCGCCAAACAUGGCCUGGACUCUGCGAUUCUCUACGAUCCGCUUCGAGCCAUGAAUGUUUGCGCGCUGCUUGGCAUGUAUAACAUCGUCGUCAAGGCGACAGUUGCUCUGGCUUACAUUGAACUUGGUCUGAGCCUUCCUCGCAACCGCAAAAUAUCUCUCGAAACAUGUCCGCCAGACUGGUCCCCAAGCUAUUACGACGACAUUCGUCGCACGCAUAUGACUCUUGUCCACUUGCAAUGCUGGCUGAGCGCAUCUCUUGACUACAACUCUGAUUCGUUAACCUUCGACGUCCACUCAUCUCUCAAUGGACUAGACGCGCCGCCCCAGGACAUGAUUCGACGCGAAUGCGUCAAAGUUUCCAUCAUCAAGGCAAGCUUACUUCACCGUCUACCAAGCAAGGCGCCUGUACCGGAAAAUGUCACGCUAGAGUUUCGCGCGCAAUUAUCGAGAUUCCAUGCGCAACUCCCCGACUGGAUGUCAGUUGCUGCGCUGUUACGCGGCGACAGCAGCCCGCUGAUGGCCACAUUCCGCCCAGUAAUAUUCUAUGUUCAUCUCUUUUAUCUUUCGGCUAUGAUGCUGCUUGCUCGGCGGCUAAUAAUUGCAUACAUCCCGCUCGAUGCAGUUGGCAUCGUAGUUCUUCCACCAGAAGCACGAAGGGCUAUCGAGGAAGGAUACCAAGCUGCGGAAACAAACGCGUCUGUCAUGAGUCUAAUGCUACAGGAAGGGAAGGUAGUACAAGUUUGCUGGCUCUGCAUGUGA